AAUACUCAAAGAUUUGGUUCUCAAACAAGUCCUUCAAUAUUUUCAAUGAAUGAUAAUUUACCUGCAUUUCAAAAGUCUUCUAGGAAUAACUCAACACAACAGCCAGAAAAAGAAAAAAGUUCCAACCCUAGAAUUAGAGUAGAAGUUAAAGAAAUUAAAAGCAAGCAUGGUUCUAGCCUAAGAAAACAGAAUGAUAAAAAUAAAAAAGAUGAUGAG